UGCUCCAGUCACGUGGCUCACUUUAUGAAGCCAGACUGUCAAAUCUGAAACUUCCUGGGGUUGCGAUGCAGUACAUGCAAGUCCAUGACAUUUUCUCCAGCCAUGUAACUCGUCAAAGGAUCGCGUGUUUGUAAAGAGUCAAGCUACUUAAAGCGAUUAGCGUGGGCAGUUGUGCGGAGCAGAGCGGGGUUUGUUUUUUGAGGAGGAUGUGUGUGUGCUGACAGCGGCACAAGAGCGGCAAACAGCAGCUCCUUAUAUCUCUGGAAGAGCACGGCAUGAAGAGAUCAGGUCAUGAAGAUCCGCUGGUCGAAGAAGGUGGCUCUCCUUGCCAAGGUCUGCUUCCUCUUUUCUCUGCUGUGGCUCUUCUACCUUCUUAUAGUGCGUUCGUCCCCCUCGUCUCUUCCUGAUAAAGAUGGUCGACAGGACAUCCUGAUCCAUGACCUUCCGUUCAUUAAGGAGGUGGAGGAGGACUCCGAAAGCCUCCUGCGGCCCGUUUACGAGAAGCAACCGCCAGACUCCAGCGCUCCUGGAGAAUAUGGCCGAGCCACUCGAUUGACCCUCAGCCCUGAGGAGAAGAAAGAGGAGGAGGCCAGCAUUGAGCGCUAUGCCAUCAACAUCUUCAUCAGUGACAAGAUAUCCCUCCAUCGGCAUAUUCAAGACAACAGGAUGCAUGAAUGCAAAGCUAAGAAGUACAACAUCCGUCAUCUGCCUACAACAUCGGUGGUAAUAGCAUUUUACAAUGAGGCGUGGUCCACUUUACUCAGAACCAUCCAUAGUGUGCUGGAGACGACACCAGCCGUCCUACUGAAGGAAGUCAUACUUGUGGAUGACUUCAGCGACAGAGCCUAUCUGAAGUCACAGCUGGCUCAGUACAUCAGUAACCUGGACCGCGUUCGUCUCAUUCGCACCAAAAAAAGAGAAGGUCUGGUGCGGGCUCGGCUCAUUGGCGCCACCUAUGCUACAGGACACGUGCUCACCUUCCUUGACUGCCACUGUGAGUGUGUGCCUGGCUGGAUCGAGCCACUGCUGGAAAGAAUUGCUGAGAAUGAGAGCACCAUCAUAUGUCCAGUGAUUGAUACUAUUGACUGGAACACAUUUGAGUUCUACAUGCAGACGGAUGAGCCGAUGGUGGGCGGCUUUGACUGGAGACUGACAUUCCAGUGGCAUGCCGUUCCUGAAAUCGAUCGCAAGAUACGCAAAUCCAGAAUUGACCCUAUUAGGUCUCCCACAAUGGCAGGGGGCCUAUUUGCCGUCAGCAAGGCCUACUUUGAGUAUCUGGGCACUUAUGACAUGGGCAUGGAGGUCUGGGGAGGAGAGAAUCUGGAACUUUCUUUCCGGGUGUGGCAGUGCGGAGGGUCUUUAGAAAUUCACCCGUGCUCCCACGUGGGUCACGUGUUCCCCAAAAAAGCGCCGUACUCCCGAUCCAACUUCCUUCAGAACACUGUCCGUGCUGCGGAGGUUUGGAUGGACUCUUACAAGCAGCACUUCUACAACCGAAACCCUCCAGCACGCAAGGAGACUUAUGGGGAUAUAUCUGAAAGGAUUGUGCUGCGACAGCGGCUUCAGUGUCAGAGUUUUGAAUGGUACCUGAAGAACGUCUACCCCGGCCUGCAUGUGCCAGAGGACAGGCCUGGCUGGCACGGAGCGGUGCGUAGUGCCGGAGUCCACUCUGAAUGUCUGGACUAUAAUGCUCCAGACCACAACCCCACAGGAGCUCAUCUGUCCCUGUUCGGUUGCCAUGGUCAAGGUGGUAAUCAGUACUUCGAGUACACAACUCAAAAGGAGAUUCGGUUUAACUCCGUCACCGAGCUGUGUGCUGAGGUUCAGGAUGGAAUGACAUACAUCGGGAUGAAGCAUUGUCCGCAAGACGGUGCUCCCAGACCCCCCGCCAUCAUCUGGGAGUUCAGAGACGAUGGCAGCAUAUAUCACCCUCACUCAAACAUGUGUAUCACCACCUACCGUACAGAAGACGGCCGUGCGGAUAUCCAGAUGAGAAGCUGCUCUCCAGGAGACAAACAACAGCGCUGGAGCUUCGAGUGACUUUAAACCCCAUGUGAACCUGGAUGUAAGUGCAAUUAUGAAAAAGAACGACACUUCCGGCUUGGCAUUAAAAAAAGAAAGGAGCGAAGAACAGGCAUAAAAAUGGGACCCAUCCCUCCACAUAGUGCCUUUGCAAACCAAAGUGGUUACAUAUAGUGCCAAUUCUUAAGUCCGAAGUGCAUGUUAGAGUUAUUAAUAACACAUUGUAGCAAAUACAUCCAUCCGGCGUGUUGGAGCAGCAUUUUUGUUUACAUUGAUACACUAUAUGCUUUUAGUGAAUCAUUUUUAGACUCAGCAGUGACUAAUCUUUAGAUCUACUGCACUGCGAUUUUAUUUAAUUGUACCAGAAGUGACUGAUUUGAGGAUGUUGUGAGUGGGUUUGUCUUGAUUGUCGACUGUCGUUCUUCUUAUGUUGUUUUGAGGCUGUUUUAUGUAUUACUAGGGUAUUUAGGGACUUUCACCUUGUUUUGUGUAAGCUGCAUGGACUGUUUUGGCACACUGGUGUUGAUGGAACUGUACCAGCAUUUUAAGUCUCACUCACACUAACAUCAGUGUUCAAAUAGUUUGUUAAUAAUGUAUGUACAAUUCAGUUUGAAGUAGAUUGCAGAAAUUGUAUUUGUAAAGCAACUGUGGACCAAAAUUUUCAAAUCCUAAUUCUGGUUUCUCUCUACUACACAUUUGAGAAUUAUCCACUUUACCUGUGAAUUGUUUUUCUAGUUCCUUGCAGGAACAGUAUUGACUCACCAGAAAGUGCCUGACUUUUUAAAAAGGUGCAUUUUCCUUCACAAAUCAGAGUAUUACAGUACUUUAUCAUGAUAUCGGCCAAAGUACAAUUCAGAAAAGUGCUUUUAUCGCAGGUCUUCCAGCUUUCACACAUUCAAAACUGAAUCAUGUAUCUACAUUUUGGUAAAUAUCUUGAAAAUACUAUAUCGUAAAAUAACUAUACACAGAUAACACCUAUUUUUGCACUAAAUGCAUUUUUUGUUAGAUCUCAUCCUUUGUAAUUGUCGAUGAAUAAAUGGUUUAAAGGGAUUGUGGGAAAGUGAACAUGAAAUCUGAAUUACUACUGAUAAAGCACAGUUUGUGGUGAUCAUGUGUUUUGCUGAUCGACUGUAAUGAAGUAUUUUUGGAACGUGGAAAAGAGUACAAAGUAUUUUUGUCUCAAUAAAUUAAAUUAAAGUUCUAAAUGUUA